AGGUGUCCGUGGACGUAUCCGACGCUGACGGCCGCCACCAGCGCGCACCAACAGACAAGCCACUCGAGUUGGCGGCGCACCAUCGUCUAGCUUCUCCUCUGUAAGGACAAUCAGCCCCUGCAAACGUCUUCGAGCAUCGAUGACAAGCCAACGCCGCCGCCUUUCGCGUAAUAAUUGAAGCCACGUCCGUUAAUGUUUUCGAUGUGAACAAUGAACGUUGUCAAAGUGCACGCAAUGAAGCAGAAGUCAUCGAGGAAGCGUAAAGUCGUGGAAAGCGACCACCGGAAUAAGGACACGUUGGAAUGGGUGUCGGCCAACUACAUUGCGUCCCCGGGUGUGUGCCUUCCGCGAUGCACCUUGUACCAGCAUUACCUGGACCACUGCCGCCGGAGCGCGAAACCGCCGAUGGGAGCAGCGGCAUUCGGGAAGCUCAUACGACAAAAGUUCCCGGCCGUUACGACCAGGAGGCUCGGAACAAGGGGACAGUCGCGGUAUCACUAUUACGGUAUAGGCCUAAAGCCGACAUCCUUCUACUAUGAUCAAGUGUACUGCGGCAAAGACAUUACAAGGUUUUCAGGCCAGAAGGUCAAGGGCAUUGAGGGCGAUCAGCUCAAACAAGCAGAGCCUUACACAAGCCACAAGAAAUGGACGUUUAUUCCGGACAUUCGAGACUUGACUGCAACGGACUGUGUCGAUUCAAUAAAGGCGGAGGGCUUUCUGUCAAUGUACCGGGCACACUGUUGCAGCCUUCUUGAUGCCAUUCUGAUAGCUGACUUCAAAGCAGUUCAAGAUAUGGUACUUCACUUCUGGAGCAGCCUUCAGGAAGCGUUCUUGCCAUUGCUCCACAGCAGCACUGUGUGUGACCUUAUCUCUGUAUGGGACGACUAUCUCUACGUGGCGAUGCAAGAGAUUCUGACUCCCAGAGAGAUCCAGGAACUACCGCAAAGUUUUCAACAGGAACUCAACCUUUUCAUAAGCCAGCUGCCCGACUGGCUCCGCAAUGUUAUUCCAGCUUCGUUAUUACGGCAAACAAAGAUUCAAGUGCUUCAGGAAUGGACCAAGGUUUUCAGGCGAGAGAUGUCGUUCACAAAGCUGGCGCAGUCAUGCCGAAGCGUUCUAUCGAACGCCUGCUACACCCAGCGCAUGUUGGAAGAUUUGAGCAAGCUUGUCAUGGAUGAAACCGUCGAAGAAGCCUUCGCCUGUCUUCAAAACGGCAGAACGGCGUCAGCUCUAGGAGUUGCUGAGCUGCUCUCGCUCUUGAAGAAGCACGCCUCGGUUGAAGACUUGACGGAAUGGAUGGACAUGGCUCUCGACAAUACCGUUACGGAAGCAAGACAUAGCAGCACCACGCAUAGUCGUAGCAUUGUAUACAGAGAUUUCAUGCUUUCCUGGAUGCUGCUUUUCUCAGCCAUCAUGAGGCACUUGACCCUGUCCCGGGCUCAGAGCUUCGGUCAUGUUCACAUGUUACGCGUCAUGAUAGAGGAGUACAUGCUACUCGCGUUCGAGACGUCCGUUAGCAAAGAAGCCAGACUCCAAAGGCAAGAGAAGCUGCUAACAUGCACCAAAGAUCCAGAUGCUGUGCGCACGAGAAUGGCAACUUCGUACGCAGCUGUGAUUUUUCAGCGUGCAUGCUGAAUUCGUAUCCAGCAAGUUCCUUUCAGCAGUGUUGCUGGUAUAAAUAAAGGCAUUUGCAUAUUUA